GGUCGGGUUUGAAAAGCACGACUCCUCAAAAGUUUUCAAGGUGCGGAGAGGAAUCGUGGAAGUUGAAGCGACGGCAGAGGCGAACGGAGAAGACGAGGCGGCAGCAGCAGCUAGCUCCAGGAAGGAGCGACGGGGUGAAAGGGCAAGUAACCAACUGCUAUCGAUCGGCAGACUUCGAUAUUUUCCGGCGGUUUAGUGUCUUCUGUAGUUAGGUAAGUGGUAGAGAUGUCUAUGCGUAAUAAUGUGCCUCCUUCUUCCUCCUCCCGCUCUUCGGGCUUUGGCCCCUCUGUGCAUAUGCAUGUACGGACCAUCCUUUUACCCCGUCAGGCCUCGCAGUUGUUUUCUCAGGCCAGUGAUGGCGCGCCUCCUUCUUGUCCCGGAACAUGCGCCGCCCCCUCUGAGAGGUUGAAUCUUAGUCCCUACUCUCCCAGACUGAGUGAUGAUGUAGCUAAACCAGCACCGUACGCUAAUACUAUGCGUUUUUCCUUUCCCAACUUGGAUACCGUUGAUCUCUACACCGAAGAUGGAAAAUGGGGAUAAUCUGUUUGCAGAAAGCAUGGAUCAUCAUCCCUACAACUGUUAUAGAAUCAUUUCACCGAUGGUUGGUCGUUGCUCUCCUGAAGCAAUGGAAUUUUUGAAUGCUAUUCUUCCUUUACAAGGUCCUCUUCUUGCAAGAGAUUUGGGGUUUUUACUUGGGUAUUUGGUCACAUGUUAUGAACUUGUUGCAUUAAAGCUGCCGCACUUGGUUGUUAGCAUCAUCCAUGGCACGAAGUUUUUGCAUUUUGAGAAUGGUCCGAUGAUCGAUGUUGCAUCUGUGAUUCAGCUACUAUUGGCGUUUGAUGGUUUCGUAGGUGCAGAAAUGGAUCCUAAAGAUGCUGUUAAGGUUGCAACACAGCCAUGGCGGAAGGAAGGGAAAUACCUCUGAAAGUUAUGGGAGUAGUAGAGAAGGUGAGCGGGAAGGAGCUGAGUUAUGGUGAAUUUGUUGAGAAAUACCUGGCGAAAAACCAACCAGUUAUUGUUACUGACCUCACUGUCGAUUGGCCAGCUAGUGAUGACUGGGUGUUGGAUGAUGGAAAACCUAAUCUCUAUUUCUUCUCUGAGCACUUCGGUAGCUCCAGAGUCCAGGUUGCAGAUUGCGGUGUGAAGGAAUUCACAGAUCAGAAGAGGAUUGGAAUGUCUGUAUCUGAAUAUAUUGGUCGUUGGCUGCAACUUAGGUCCUCUAAUGAAGGAAGUGAUUGUGGCGGGGAGUUGUUGUACUUGAAAGAUUGGCAUUUUGUUAAGGAAUACCCAGAGUAUGUUGCCUACACCACUCCAAAUAUUUUCCUUGAUGAUUGGUUAAAUCUCUAUCUCGAUAGCUACCGUAUGCAUGUUGAUAAUGAUACAGUUCAGAAGGUGAAUGAAAUUUGUUGCUCAGACUAUCGAUUUGUGUACAUGGGAGCAAAAGGCACGUGGACACCUCUUCAUGCUGAUGUUUUCAGAUCAUAUAGCUGGUCAGCCAAUAUUUGUGGGAGGAAAAAAUGGUAUUUCUUGUCCCCAAAUCAACACCAUCUUGUGUUUGACAGAUAUAUGAAGUCUUCUGUCUAUGACAUUUUUGAAGAUGUUUGCAAAUCAAAGUAUCCUGGAUUUGAGAAGGCAAUCUGGUUGGAGUGCACUCAGGAACAACAUGAAAUCAUCUUUGUGCCCAGUGGAUGGUACCAUCAAGUUCACAAUCUGGAGGACACAAUAUCAAUCAAUCACAACUGGUUCAAUGCCUACAACAUUUCUUGGGUGUGGGAGUUGCUUUUGAAUGAAUAUAAAGUGGCAAAGGAGUAUAUUGAAGAUAUCCGGGACAUAGCUGAUGAUUUCGAAGCUCUCUGCCAGAGGAAUCUCGCAGCCAACGCAGGCAUGGAUUUCCAAGAUUUUUUCAUUUUCAUGAUUCGCUUUGCAAUGGCUAACUUGGUCCUACUUUACUUGCUGAGAAUUGAUCUAAGAGACAUCACCUGGAGCUCAUCUGAAAUAUUUCGGCAUUUACUGCUCAAUCUCAGAAGUAUCCAAUCUGUUAUUCUGAAGAUGCAAUCUGCAUAUGAAUCUGAAAAGUGCGAUUUCGCUAUUAUCAGUCUUAGAGAAACCAUUGUGGAUCCGACAUUUAUGGACUUUUGCAAUGCGCUGGGAAGAUCAUGUUGCAUUAUGCAUGAUGUGCACGAAAUAGAUAUCAAUGUUAAUCAUCAUUUACUGGAUCAGCUCAAUUUUUUUGAGUCCUCUGGUUCAACUAUUUCGAAUCCGGGCAAGAUGGUUACAUUUUUAGAAUCUGCUCUCGAACUGGUCCAAACUAUUGAUUGAUGAGACAUUUGAUUCGCCUCUCUUUAUUUGAGACCAAUUUCUAAGGUAGCUUCUUUUGAAGGACAUGUCUAUACUGAAAAAUGGUCACAAGAGGCGCACUUUGAAUACAUUCUCGCCAUUGGAUGUAGUGGGAGGCUCGGACAACAGCUGCUGUAUUCUGCUUCUGCUUAGGUCUAACUGGUACGCCAUUUUGUAGAAUAUCGUAAUGGAGCCAUUAAAAUGGUCAACAGCUGAUGAUUUAUGGCUGUGAUAAUUUUUGCUUAUUAAACUACUUCCUACA